AUGGCCAACAUAUCCAGGGUGUUUAAGAAGACCUGCUCCAAUGGCAAGCUCUCCAUCUACUUGGGGAAACGGGACUUCGUGGACCAUGUGGACAUGGUGGAACCCAUUGAUGGUGUAGUCCUGGUUGACCCUGAUUACUUAAAAGGUCGAAAGAUGUUUGUCAUGUUGACGUGUGCCUUUCGCUAUGGCCAUGAUGACUUGGAUGUGAUUGGUCUGAUGUUCUGCAAAGAUCUGUAUGUACAGGUCCAGCAAGUGGUCCCAGCUGAGCACAGCAGCCCCCAGGGGCCCCUCACAGUCCUGCAGGAGCGACUGCUGCACAAGCUGGGGGACAAUGCCUACCCUUUUACCCUGCAGAUGGUUGUCAACCUGCCCUGUUCGGUGACACUGCAGCCAGGUCCUGAUGAUACAGGAAAGGCCUGUGGUGUUGACUUUGAAGUGAAGAGUUUCUGUGCUGAAAACCUGGAGGAGAAAGUCUCCAAGAGAGACUCUGUGCGGCUGGUGAUUCGGAAAAUCCAGUUUGCACCCCUGGAGCCAGGCCCUGGCCCCUGGGCCCAGACUGUUCGCCGCUUCCUUCUGUCAGCUCAGCCCCUACAACUCCAGGCCUGGAUGGACAGGGAGGUUCACUACUACGGCAAACCCAUCACUGUCAACGUUUCCAUCAACAACUGCACCAACAAGGUCAUCAAAAAGAUCAAGAUUUCAGUUGACCAGAUCACAGAUGUCGUCCUGUAUUCACUAGACAAGUACACCAAGACUGUGUUCGUUCAGGAGUUCAUGGAGACUAUAGCUGCUAACUCCACCUUCUCCAAGAGCUUUGCAGUAACCCCACUCCUGGCUGCCAACUGCCAGAAACAGGGCCUGGCACUGGAUGGCAAAUUCAAGCAUGGUGAUACCAAUCUGGCCUCUAGCACGAUUCUUCGACCAGGAAUGGACAAGGAGCUGCUGGGGAUCCUGGUGUCCUACAAAGUCAGAGUCAACCUGAUGGUGUCCUGUGGAGGCAUCCUAGGCGACCUGACAGCCAGUGAUGUUGGCGUGGAGCUGCCCUUGAUCCUGAUGCAUCCAAAGCCAUCGAACGAGGCCGCUAGCUCUGAGGAUAUAGUCAUCGAGGAGCUCACUCAGCAGCAGCCCGGCAGAGAGGAGAGCCAGGAGGCUUUGGCGGCCGAGGGGGACGAGGGCAGCUGA